CAUCGAUAACGAGUACUGAGCGGCGCUGCUCAACACUGUUGCGUUCUUAUCGAUAAUAUUAUUAGUUUUGUGUGAUUUCUUAGGUGCAGUUUAGAAAGAAUUAGUGGUUACGAUCCUAAAUAAUGGGGAUAUCGACGGCGGUGUUGCGGACCCAGCUAAUGGGCUUGACCAACUUCAUCGGCACACACAAGGACCAAGCAGACAAGUACCGCCAACUGUUGAAAAGUGUCCUCACGAACACCGGCCCCGAAUUGAUCGAUACCCUAAAGCUCUUUGUGGAAGCCAUUGUCAACGAGCAUGUUAGCCUUGUCAUCGCUCGCCAGAUACUGAAUGAUGUGGGCGUCGAGCUGAGCAAGUUGCCCGACGACAUGUCCAAGCAGCUGUCUCAUUUCACACUGGAGAAAGUCCAUCCACGCGUUAUCUCAUUCGAGGAGCAGGUGGCCGGCAUACGAUUCCAUUUGGCCAACAUAUAUGAACGCAAUCGGCAAUGGCGUGAUGCGGCCAAUGUUCUCGUCGGUAUUCCCCUGGAGACUGGCCAAAAACAGUACUCUGUGGAGUGCAAACUGGGUACAUACCUGAAAAUCGCACGUCUCUAUUUGGAGGACAAUGAUUCCGUGCAGGCCGAGCUGUUCAUCAAUCGUGCCUCGCUGCUGCAGGCCGAAACUAACUCUGAAGAAUUACAGGUUCUGUAUAAAGUGUGCUAUGCCCGCGUUCUCGAUUACCGUCGAAAAUUCAUUGAAGCUGCCCAACGUUACAACGAACUGUCCUACCGAAAGAUCGUGGACCAAGGUGAGCGCAUGACCGCCCUGAAGAAGGCUCUUAUCUGUACGGUGCUGGCGUCGGCUGGACAGCAGCGCUCUCGCAUGCUGGCGACUCUAUUUAAGGAUGAGCGCUGUCAGCAUUUACCAGCCUAUGGUAUACUGGAGAAAAUGUACUUGGAGCGCAUCAUACGACGCUCUGAGCUGCAGGAGUUCGAGGCACUGUUGCAGGAUCAUCAGAAGGCUGCCACACCGGAUGGCUCGUCCAUACUGGAUCGCGCUGUCUUCGAGCACAACUUGUUGUCCGCCAGCAAAUUGUACAAUAACAUCACGUUCGAAGAGUUGGGAGCACUGUUGGACAUACCCGCAGCGAAAGCCGAGAAGAUUGCCUCACAAAUGAUCACCGAGGGUCGGAUGAAUGGGCACAUUGAUCAGAUCUCUGGGAUUGUGCACUUUGAGAAUCGUGAACUGCUGCCACAAUGGGAUCGUCAAAUCCAAUCGCUGUGCUACCAAGUGAAUUCCAUCAUUGAGAAGAUUGGCAUUGCCGAGCCUGACUGGCUGGAUAAACAGAACUGAGCAUGCGAGCGGGAUCAGAUCAUAACUGAAACUCUCAUCAUAUAUAGUAUGAAUCUGUAGUGGAUUGGUUGCAGCCGGGUCAAAGUUCGACAUGUUUUAUAUUUUACUUACAUGUAAAUUUCAUUUUGGAUUUAAGAAAUAAAUAUGAGAUGCAUAUAAAAUGAUCCCAUGGAUCAAUGCAAAACACAAAACUAA